AUGAUUGGCUGUUCAUUUAUUCAACGGCAGAACAAGUGCCGACUUUAUUCCAAGUUCACAGCUUUCGAACUAAGGCAGGAGAGACGCGCCGACCUGCACACCGCGUCUGACCGCGUAAAGUACCUCUACCGAAGCUCCAAUGAGUGGAAAUCCCGACGUCAUAUUCCUCUAAUCAGCGUCGAGGUAAAAAUAAUUUCAACAUCAGCAAGGUGGGCGGUUUCUCCAGCAGGACAGCCCCAUUGCACGACCAUCAUGACGUUAUAA